AUGCGCGUUUCGGACGUCUUAAUCGGCAGCGCCGCGUUGGCCAGCGCAAAGCCAUGGGGCCCCAUCCGGUGGGACACGGACCCGACGAAACAAUUCUCGCUGGAAAAGCUCAUAGACCUGACCCCCUUUGACGUGAACCGCUUCAAGCUCAAGUCACCGUCGGAGCUCCUCGCGCAGUUCAACAGCACCUCCCGGGUUCCUGCGCCGGCCGCAGACAAGGCCGACGCACCAGUACCAAUAGCAGCGCCGCCACGAAACUCGACGGGCAAGGUCGAGCACAACGCCGACAAGACGAGCGCCGGCGGGCCCUGCACGCAGCCGGCGGUCCGGCCCGAGUGGCGCAACAUGAGCGAGCAGGGCCGGCGCGACUACGUCAAGGCGGCCAAGUGCCUGGUGGACAAGCCGAGCGAGGGCAGGUUCAAGGGCUCGCACAACCGCUACGAGGACCUGGUGUGGGUGCACCACCAGAUGACGGACCAGCUGCACGGCUUUGCGCAGUUCCUGCCCUGGCACCGCCGCUUCGUCAACGUCUACGAGACGGCGCUGCGCGACGAGUGCGGCUACCGCGGGCCCAUGCCGUGGUGGGACGAGACGCGCGACGCGGGCAACUUUGCCGGCGCUCCCGUCUUCACGCCCGAGUACUUUGGCACCGCCCCCGUGCGCACCCGCGACGGCCGCGGCGGCUGCAUCACCGACGGCGUCUUUGCCGGCAUGCUGGUGCACAUCGGGCCCGGCACCACCUUUGAGGAGCACUGCCUGUCGCGCGCGGUCGACGAGUCCCUGACCAGCGAGGUCAGCCAGGCCACCAUCAACCAGGUGCACCGCCAAAACAACUUUGAGAGCUUCGCCGGUCUGAUCGAGGGCUGGCCGCACGCCUAUGGCCACAACGGCGUCGGCGCCGUCAUGUCCGACGUGGGCCCUGCGCCCGGCGACCCCAUCUUCUUCCUGCACCACGCCUUUAUCGACCGCAACUGGUGGCGGUGGCAAAACGAGGACCGCGACAGCAGGGUCUACGAGCUUGCCGGCAGGGUCAACAACAGGGACAAGCGCAUCACCCUCGACUACGUCUUGACCAUGAGGGGGAUCCAACCCGACGUCACGGUCCAGGAUGUCAUGGAUACAUAUGGAGACACGCUUUGCUACACUUAUGACUACUGA